AUGGCUAUGAGAGUGGGUAAGCUUACCUUGGCACACAGUCGGGACAACACACAACUUUGUGUUCGUUUAGGAGAUGUCUUUAAAAACUACAAAAGGAGGACCACCGUCACAAUCCACCAGCACGCCAACGCGAGGGAGGGGACCUGCCGCUGGAAAGUCACCCAUCAAUGGGAGAUUCAAAAACAAAGCCCUGCAGCUCAGCAUCACCAAGAAAUUCUGCACAAAGUCUCCAUCAUCGUCAAAAGAGACAAACGCAACUGA